GCCAAUGGCAGAGCUCACCUGUGACCCAGUCCCAGGGGUUCCGAAGACAAGCCGGCGUUUGCUGGCUGGCUACCUGAUCCACAGGGAUGACCCAGAUGCACUUUCCGUGGUCUACUGCGAGUUGCAAGCUCCUGUUGGGCCACGUGCCAGUCUGGUGAUCUACGAGAACGAGGCAUGCAGUAGCCCCAUUAUGGAGAUCCCCAUCUUUGAAUCUUCCGUCUGUUGUGAUGUUGUGGGCAUCAACUGCAGUUGCUUUGUGGUGGAAGGUCACCACUUCGCCUCACAGAGCUCAUCCGAGCGGAAGCUCUGGUUGAGAGCCCUCAGCAACUUGAAGGAGCAAGAAGAAUCGGGCGGCAACUCUUUUUCCACCACCUGCCCGGUAAAGCUGCAGAACAAAGCCCCGGAGCCAACGCAAAAUGAGCUUUUGCACUUUCGCUCCGCCAUCCGGGAGAAUAUCCAAACGCUCCAGGCAACCCAAGAGUCCAGGAUUGCGAGGAAUCCCUUGCUUAGGCUCCUGGACAAGUUUGGAUCUCAGAAGUGAGACGCACAGUCCAGACAAUUGAGCAAGUUCAUUUUUCAAUUGAAAGGAUGCAUGCAAAAUGAAACUUGUCAACUUUCCGCGAAAGCAAAUGUGUGAAGCUUCUUGUUCGGCGAAAGCUCGCGAAAGCGCCCUGCGCAGCCUUCCAAUUUUUGAGCCGUGAAAGCAAACCGCAAAAACAACUCGGCACAUGUAUACAGUGAAGAUAAGCAAUAGUCAAUUAUAGGCUUGGGCACGGAUGUACCCAUCUCACACGUGCACACAAUCUCACAGCACUUCAUUCGACUUCAUUCCAGUGUAGCUACUAUAGUUAUGAAUUGACAUUUUGGUCGAGCAGCUUUCUCCUCAAUUUUGGUUUUAGAUGGAAGCAGGAAGUGUCAGAUUCGUGUGAAAUAGUGUGGAAACGUGACAUGUUCAUGUGUGAAGGACGAUUUUGCUGCGGAGGCGUGAAGUCGGCACUUUGUGUCGCUGUGCUAUUUGGAAUGGCAUUCGCAGGGUGGUCAUACGAUGGCUGUUGCAGGAACCGUAAACAAGACAGCCCCGCUGAUCCCCGCGAAAGCUCUGCGAAAGCACCUACAGUUAUGUCGGGCGCGCCAGCCAUAGAUAGAAGGAGCCAAAAUACUCUUAUA